AUGUCUGCGAUGGAAGUCAGCCCAUCGGAUUUGCAGACUGUCAAUGCCCACACAUCAUUCAAUGCGGCGGAUGCGAGCGCUCUAGGCUCUCCUCGAGACGACGAUAGGACCGAACGCUCCCUUUCCGACGAUUCAUUCGUUUCUGUUACAUUGCCCGACGACGUCGUCCUGGAAUCUGGGACAACAGUGCCUCCUCUCGAAUUUCAGGCUGAUGUUGAGCUCCUCUCCUUAGUUCCUGUCAUUGAGAGGUUGAUUCAUUCCUCCACCCUUGAAGGCGGCGAAUAUCGCAUCAUGGGAGAUAUCACCGAGUCGGAAUGGACGUCGCUGAAGUCGUAUGCCAGGCGUGUGCGAGAACUGAAGCUGGGCCCAGAUGAUGGAUCCACAUCGCCAAAGAUUGCGGAUAUGACCUUCUUCCGCCUGGCGCUGCAGCAAAGGCCAGGCAAGGCACUCUUCCCUUCGUUGAAGCAGCUUUCGAUCCUAGGAGCCACAUCAUCCUUGUUCUAUCUCCACCUUUUCCUCUCACCCUCACUCACGUCAGUUGAAUUCACCGACAUCACCGAGAUAUCACAGCCUGCCAUAGCCUCUUUCCUCAUGAUGCUAGGAAGCCGGGCACCGUCACUGCAUCGACUAGAACUUAGUUCUCUUCGCCUUUCACCCACAAUAAUCGCUUCCCUCCAGCAGUGCAAAUCACUGCGCCAUUUCGUUCUCAACGACCUCAAAAUCGCCCCCGAGCUCAACCUUCUGGAUGUUCUCAAGUCAUUGCCGCUUCUGACCGUGCUUACAACCAACGUACACUCCGAAAAUGUCUCGGAUGCUCGGCCUGGUGGCUUUCAUGACCAAACCUCAUAUUUGAAUCCAACUUCCCAUUCAUUGAAAACACUUCACCUGUCCGGUCCAUCCCCAUCAAUCAACGAAAUAGUGCAGGGCGCAGUGACGGCUUGUGACACGGUUAAGGACCUCCAGAUUAUCAUGAUGGUUAAGGGCCCGACUAGGAGGGUGGGUAGUAAGAGUCGACAAGUGAUGCUUGAAGCGCAGGCCUUGAAUGAGGCUUUUGACUUCCUGCUCACACUCCCACUGGGAAGAUGGGCACAAUCACUGACCUCUCUCGCAAUCGGCGUCGAGGACACCCCGACCUUUCCAGAGCGGCUAUUCGAGGCGCUCGAGGACCUCCAGCUUCUGAAGUAUCUUCAACUGUGGGGUGCUACAAUAAAAGACCUCGAUGGGUCUCUGCGACAGCUUUCUGGAUCCUCGUGGCGGAAGAACAUAGAAUCGCUUCAUUUUCCGUUCGCAUGGUGCGAGAAAGGAUCCAGCGCGAUAGCCGUCGACACGUUGGUCCAUUUCGCGGCAAUAUGCCCGAAGCUAGAGUCUCUCCACGUUCUCGUCGACAUACAAUCUUCUUCCGAUAGGCGCUUCAUCCUCCCCGACGGGCAGAAUGCCAAUAACAUCUCUCCAUCCCACCUUCGUAAAUUGUCCAUUGGCUCUUCAUCCUUCCCAUCUAUGGAUGUAGCAAAUAUUGCAGCACUCGCAUUCACACUUUCUGCACAUUUUCCACAUCUCGAGACUAUUGAGACAGACGAAUCCUACUCGGGGGCGCGUUGGAAGGAUGUUGAUUCGCUCUUGAGGAUGUCGCGGGCUAGUGCAAAGUUUGCACUCGAGCGCUUGACAGUGGUCAUUGGUGAUGGUCUGUCUGCGUAA